UCUCAAGUACUGUCUCUCCAAACACAAUGAGUUGAGAUUUCUCAGAAUUUUACUCGUCACCAAGGGCUUGUGCUGUAAAUGUCGUCUAUCGCCAAUAAAGUGUGUCUUAUUACCGGUGGAGCUCGAGGGAUUGGAAAAGCAAUCACUUCGGAAUUACUCCGAAAUGGUGCCAGAUGCCUUUUUGUGGACAUAUCCUAUCAGGGGGGUCUAGAAACGGAAACGGAACUUAGAGAGGAAUUUGGUUCUGAUCGAGUCUCUUUCUUGAGAGUGGACGUCACUUCUGAGACGAAUCUUCGGCAGGCGUUCGUGAAAUGUAUCGAGGAUUUUGGAACAUUGGAUGUCGUGGUCAACAACGCGGGGAUUGUGUCUGAGCACGCCUGGGAGUCCGUCAAUCAAGUCAACUUUGUGGCAGCCAUCCGAGGGUGUAAAUUAGCCUUGGAGUUCAUGGCCAAGGAUGGAAAUCCACAAAAUAGUACGAUGCAAGGUGGUGCCGUCCUAAACAUUGCAUCACAUCAGGGUUUGGUUUCUUGGCCUUUUAUGCAUGUCUAUUCUGCAUCUAAGGCUGGUCUUGUGGCUUAUACUCGUUGUGCGGGUCAAGAAUUUGAAUUUGAGAACCACGGAGUUCGAAUCAUGUCUUUGUGCCCAUAUUUAGUGGACACACCAAUACAUCAAUGCCAACCUUUCAUUGGUAUAACCAAGGCAGGAGAAAAACAUAUGAGAGAAUUGCCAUAUGAACAUGUCAUCUUAAGAGCCACAGAUGUGGGAGAAGCAGCCGUGGACAUUCUAAAUAAAGGCCGGUCAGGGUCUGUUUGGUUCAUUCAAAACCAAGGAGAGCCAGCAUAUGAAAUACAAGAUCAGAAUAACAUGGAGAGCCUUCUGGCUCAAAAACCAACCAACGUUCAGUUGAACACGUAAUCUUCCAAUUAUUUUCUGUCCAAUCUAAAAAAUGUCCAAAUAAACGUACGACUUCAG